CCGGCCUCCUCUCCUUCACUUCUCUCGCCGACAACGUCAAGUGGCGCUGAAGAGAAUAGAGAACAAGAUCAAUCGGCCAGUGACUUUCUCGAAAAGGCGUUCUGGGUUGCUGAAGAACGCUCACGAGAUCUCUGUCCUUUGCGACGCCGAUAUCGGUCUCAUCAUCUUCUCCGCCAAAGGCAAGCUCUUCGAGUACUCCACCACUUCCUGUAUGGAAAGAAUCCUUGAACGAUAUGAGAGAUAUUCAUAUGCAGAAAGGCUGCUUGUUGCAGCCGAUAUUGAUUCACAGGUACGCUGGACUUUGGAACACGUGAAACUCCAGGCCAGGCUAGAGGUUCUAGACAGAACCCAAAGGCAUUUUAUGGGAGAAGACCUUGAUACAUUGAGUGUCAAAGAACUUCAGAGUUUGGAGCACCAGCUUGACUCUGCUCUUAAACAUAUAAGAUCAAGAAAGAAUCAACUAAUGAAUGACUCCAUCUCCGAGCUUCAGACAAAGGAUAAGGCACUGCUGGAGGAAAACAAAUUGCUUGCAAAGAAGAUUAAGGAAAAGGAGGGGAAGGCUCUUGCCCGACAUGCACAAUUGGAGCAGCAAAACCAAGACCCAGCUCAGAUUCGGUUUACACCUCUCUCUCUCCGCAAAACCCACCAUUUGUUUUUUAACCCACUUCCUCUCUCCACUCAAGGACAUGCACAUCUUUGUCCACUUUUCAACCCUUUCCUUCCUCUUUUUGCACCCCACUCACAGAUUCACACACCAUCACUAGUUUUUAAAUCAUUAUUUUAUGUUUUAUUUUUUCUUUUUGAUCAUUACACCAUUGCCCCAACAUCCUCCACUCACAAAUAUUCUCCCUUUUCUUUCUCUAUUUUUUAUUCUUAUUAUUAUUAUUAAACACAACAAAAACAAACCACCCCCGACACACCCACUAUCUCUUACAAUCAUUUAUCAUUUUUUUUUUUCCACCCACUAUCUUUUAAUAUGUAAACAUAUACAUAGAUAUACAUUGACUUCAAUUUCUUUUCUUUUCUCUCUUUUCUUUUCUUUUCUAUCUAUCAUAUAUAUUAUUAUUAUUAUUAUUAUUAUUAUUA